AUGAACACAACUGAUCUGACAUUGACAAUCAAGACCAAGGACUACGAUGGCGGAUCAAGAUCAACUUGUGUUGCUGGCAUUGGCCCCCUCAUCUACUAUUGCAUCCUGUUGGGUCUGGGACUGCCAGUUAACACUUUGACUGCCAUUGCACUAUCCCGCCUGGCUACUCGCACACAGAAGUCCUCCUACUGGUACCUUCUGGCUCUCACAGCUUCCGACAUCCUAACUCAGGUCUUCAUUGUCUUUGUGGGCUUUAUCGUGCAGGCUGCCAUCUUGACCCGUGAUGUUCAAGGAGCCUUUGUCCACACCAUCAACGUGCUGCAGUUCACAGCCAAUCACGCCUCCAUCUGGGUGACGGUACUGCUGACUAUAGACCGUUACGUGGCAAUUUGCCGCCCACUGCAUUACAGGGCUGUCUCCUACCCUGAGCGCACCCAGAAGAUAAUAGGUGUUGUGUUUGCUGUAUCAUUGGCCACAGGAAUCCCCUUCUACUGGUGGCUAGAUGUUUGGCAUGAGGCACCCACCACCAUGGACAAGGUCCUCAAGUGGCUUCACUGCUUCAUCAUCUACUUCAUUCCUUGUGGCAUCUUCCUGGUGACAAAUUCCGUGAUCAUCUACAAGCUCAAGCACUCAGGUAGGCCGAAUCGGCGCCUCAGCAAAACGACAGCAAUCCUGUUGGCCAUUACCACUGUUUUCAUUGUUCUUUGGGCUCCACGGACAAUACUUAUGAUCUACCACCUCUAUGUGGCUUCGUUCAGUCAAGACUGGCGAGUACACCUAGCCAUUGAUGUAGCCAACAUGGUCGCCAUGCUCAACACUUCCCUCAACUUCUUCCUCUACAGCUUUGUCAGCAAGACCUUCCGGCGCACUGUCUGGGAGGUGUUGAUUUCCUGUAGACUCCCAUGUACCCCAUCACCAAGGAAGAACGGUCCCUCUGACCCAGCCCUGAAACCACUGAGAGUAUUGCAUGGUACUUCCCUGAAGGAAGAUUAUCGUCCUAGAGCUGAAAGAUCCCACAGUGCAACAGGUCACUGGAUCCCUUGA